AUGUCUGGAAACAUGGAUACAGUGCGCCAGGUGGUCAAGUCAUUCAGCGCACAUGAGCCCAAUCUUAACUUUGAGAUACACAACAUAUCCAAUGCACUGAAGCACUACCUAAGAUCCCUGGAUCCACCACUGAUACCCUAUGAGUUCUUUGUUCCAUUGUUGGAUGCAUACAAAAACGAAGAUGCAGAGACUAUAAGGAACAUCUGCUGGAGGAUACCAAAUGACAAUAGAUUGGUAUUGACUAGAUUGGUGUCAUUGUUGGUCAAGAUAUCGGAGAGAUAUGAGAUCAAUAGGAUGGACGCAAAGAAUUUAAGUAUUGUCUUUGGUCCAACCGUGCUGAAGCCUCGCACGCCAACACUGGAUAGGAUGGCACUGAUGAGCGAGACACAGACCCUAUGUGGCAUCAUGCAGAUGCUCAUCGAAGACUUUGAGUACAUCUUCUCGGACGUUGCGCCACAAGGUCCACCCAAAUCAUUCACAAAUCCAGGAUCGACCUCGUCUGACGUGGUUGUCGUUGCCCUGGACAACAGUAACAACAGUAUCAACAACAACACAGCUUCAACCUCCAUUAACCCUACCAGUCCAAGCCGGCUAACAAUUAAUAUAACAACA